CCCUAACACAAGGGGCAAAAAUCCCUAAAAUCUCCUCUUUAACCCUAAUUCUUCGAAUGUGGGAGCCGAGGGCGCAGGCACAGCGCCAACGCCAGCGCCAUCGCCAUGACGGGGCAAGCGGAGCUCAAUCUCAAUGGCGCCAGCGACACCAAGGGCGUGGUGCUCCUCCGCGACUCCAUGCCGAUCUACAUGAGGGAAUUCAUCGCCGGGGGCAUCGCGGGCGGCUUCGCCAAGACCGCCGUGGCGCCUCUGGAGCGUGUCAAGAUUCUUUUCCAGACCCGGCUUGGCAAUUUCCAGAGCAUGGGAAUUUUGCGAUCGUUGAGACACAUUCAUAAGACCGAAGGCUUCUGGGGCCUCUACAGAGGCAACGGAGCAGCCGUGAUAAGGAUAGUUCCUUACGCGGCAUUGCAUUUCAUGACGUACGAGAGAUACCGUCAAUGGUUAGUCGACAAGUGUCCCUCUGCCGGGCCUUCCGUUCACCUUUUCGCCGGAUCUUUGGCAGGAGGUACCGCUGUUCUUUGUACAUAUCCUUUGGAUCUUGCUCGUACCAGAUUAGCUUACCAGGCGACAAAUCCGCACGCUACUUAUAGCGAUCUUGGUAGCGUCUUCCAGUCGGUGUACAGGCAAAGCGGGAUCCGUGGGUUGUAUCGUGGACUAUGCCCAACGCUGUAUGGAAUUCUGCCUUACGCGGGGCUCAAGUUCUACCUGUACGAAAGCCUGCAAGGUCAUCUGUCUAGCGAGCACGAAAACUCUCUCUUCGCGAAACUCGCGUGUGGAGCGGUGGCGGGUCUGGUGGGACAAACUUUCACGUAUCCCUUGGACGUUGUUCGGCGGCAGAUGCAGGUCCAGCCAGCACCCGCGAGUGGGACGCAGGAGAAAGCAUUCAAGGGAACCUUGGACGCUCUCUCUUCGGUGGUGCGGAACCAAGGCUGGAAGCAAACGUUCUCGGGUGUGACUAUAAACUACCUCAAGAUCGUACCUUCGGUGGCGAUUGGAUUUGUGGUUUACGACGGGAUGAAGCUGUGGCUGGGAAUUCCUCCUCGCCGGAGGCCGCAGAAGGAAUAGCUACUGUAGAGCCGAAGUUUUGUUAGACGACACGGAAAAACGCAAAAACGAACUGGUUAAAUGAAAUAUAUACAGGCUUUGGUUUAA